UGAAAUUAUGUAUUACUGCUUUUAAUUCACAUGCAGGAUAAAAUUAUUCACUGGUGAAUUAGACGUUAUCUCGAUAUAUCGCAUACAUAUUAUGCUAUUAAUUACUUAACACUAUAUCCUCCCGAGGAGUAUGCACACGUAUCUUAUGAAUAAUAAGUUUACAUACACUGUUGUAGUACAAUCUAUGUAACUAAUCGUAAAAGUAAUAUACAUAUGAAUGCAUGUAGGACGACGGUAAGAAACCUGGUUUAAGACAAUUCGUCCAUUUCAAGAAUUGUAGAAAGCAAAAUUAUCGAAUGGCCACGGUUGACUGUGUCUGCGUAAUAGUAAUAAACGUUUUUAUUCGUCGCGUUAGAAUCCCACCGGAGUGGGAGCUCACUGAUCAUUGAUGAUCAAUGAUUGAUCUCACUCACUCCGGUGUGAAUUAAUUCCACUACCACUCGUAAAAGUAAACAAACGUAAUUCUCCCCGCCCACACUCUGAACGUGAAUAAAUUAGUGAAAUUAGUAUUACUUAAAAGUUGGACAUGGCACCCAUUUUCAAGAAGCUGCGAAAAAGAGUGGCAGCCAAAAGUGAAGCUUUCAAAGUGGCAAAAAAACAAAAUCGAUAUGGGUGUGACAUGUGUGAGGAACGUUUUACGAGUUUUUAUGAUCUUGACAUUCAUCGAAAAAGACACUUGGAGAUUAAGGAAUUAGCUUGUGACAAGUGCAGCAAAACGUUUGUCGCACCGUGUGAUCUGAAAAGUCAUCAGUUGACCCACUCCGAUGAGAGAAAGUUUGUGUGUGUAGUAUGUGGGGUAAAGUUUAAAAGGUUUGUCUCUCAUUAUUCAUGUAAUUUCGUAUUAUUGAGUGUUUGAUUAACCUAAACAUACUUUGAAUAACUUUAGAAAUUCUGAUGUCCUUCGGCACAUGAGGGGACAACAUCCCGGAUCCAGCCUGAUUAAAAACUCAAUGACUAGGCCGAACAACUCGUACAAAGAUUUCGACGUAGAGACUAUUGGUGGUGAAUUUGUUGCGACGUGCAUAACUUGCAGAUUCGUGGUGACUAAUCAGCUGUCGAUGCAACAGCAUACAAGGAGAGGACACGUCGCCAUUCCAACACACGUUUACGCAGAAGGUGACGGUUGCAAAAUUGUUCCGAGAGCAUUUAAACAUGAAGAUUAUUAUGAGAGUAAUGGCGGAUUACACAAUGUAACACUCAAAAUUUGGAUGAAGGACAACACGAUCGGUCUGAGUAUAAGUAAAACUACUUAUGGAGACGGGGUUCUUGCCGCCCAGAGAAACAAGAAUGCAAUGAAGAGUGCCGGGCGUCACAACACCACAAUGCUGAAGAAGGCUUGCUCGUCGAGGGUCCUCCUCCCAGAAGGAUAUGAGGUUAUGUGUGAGGAAACAAGAGUCGUCCCCAUCCACCUUUUCAAGGAACUUUGUGCAGUUCGAACGGGAAGUGGUUAGUUCGCAACAUUCUUCAAAAAGUGUGCGUGGACACGUUGAUGCCCCCAGAAGCUCUCACGUAUUUUGAAGAAGAUCAACUCGUCAUCAUCAUCGAAGCAGUGGAAAAGUUGAAGAACUCGUUGGUUGUUGGGGACCGUGAACUAGUCUUUAUAGACGAAGUAGAAGAAGGCGAUCGACCACUGGGCGACCCGAUUCUCAGGGCAAAGAUUGAAGAAGGGACUUCAAAAAUUUGCAAAUUGGAGGAAGAGCUGCAUCAGGCCUCCCUUCGUGAAGAAGAGUUGCUCAAGGAGUUGGAGGAUGAGAAAGAAGCUCACAAUGAGACCAAAAAAAAGUUGGUGGCGAUGAAGCGAGAACGAGCUUUGUUGCUGCGUGCAAAUUCUGAAAAGAGGAAUGCGAACCGUGUUCCCCUCUCAAACGCCACCAACUCACCGGUGAAGUGGAAGAAAUGACAUAAUCUUUCUUGAAAUUAUCAUUUUUUGUUGUGUUCUGACAAUCUUAUUGAUUAUAGUAUUUAUUGUAGCCUAUAGUAAUAAGUGUCCAAAAUACUUUACUGUAAUACCAAACCGCUUUAUAUAGUACGACUUUUUAAAAGCGUGAAAGGGUAUUGGUGGAAAAUAAAUAUUUCAUAUAGUCAAAAGGGCUCGAGAGAAUUUGUCUAGAUCACAAGCUCAUGGUUUAAACUUGCAUAAUUUAAACGACGCUUUAGGUAUUCAUUUAAUUUGACUUUCUUACACCCACGUAUUUAGAGCUCUUCCUGUGGAGCUUAUUAAACUACGUAAUCUCAUGGAGCUAAGUUUGCGGGAUAACCCUCUAGUACAUAAAUUUGUACGGGACAUGGUAUACGACCCCCCAUCCCUCAUGGAACUAGCAGGAAGAACAAUUAAACUGAAGAAAGUUCCAUACCAACAUUCAGAUUUACCCCAAAAUUUAAUUGACUAUCUCCGUUGUGCACAUCAAUGUGUAAAUCCUCGAUGCAAAGGAGUAUUCUUUGACACUCGAGUGGAACACAUUAAAUUUGUCGACUUCUGUGGAAAAUACCGAGUUCCACUUCUCGAAUACUUAUGUUCCGUAAAAUGCAGUGAUCACAGAUCUCCAGCAUUUGAGGCCAGCGACUCAGAUUCAGAUGAAUAUCGAAUGCGUAAAGUUUUGCUCGGAUAGAUGUAGUAUCGCAAUAUUGUUACCCUUACGACCUCGUUCCUGAUGGCAUUGUACAUUUCUUUCACACACAUAAUAAAAAUUACUAAUGACGCUACCUA